UGAAAAUGGCCGGGGUGAGCGGACCCCACAGUGCUAACUCUCCGCGAAAUUUGUCGAGAAGUCUCGAUAAAAUUUUAGCGGAUGCGCAGUUAACGUGUGAACUAAAGUUAAGUGGAAGGAAACUUAAGGAAUAUCCCAAGGGUGCUUUGAAAUAUGAUCUUAGUGAUACUGUAGUUGCAGAUUUAUCGAAAAAUAGGUUUAGCGAAAUUCCUAAUGAAGUGACCGAGUACACGUCGUUGGAGCAACUGAAUUUGUACCAGAAUGUGAUCAAGCAUCUCUCCGAGUCUGUGAUAGCCCUCCAGUCGCUUACGCACCUCAUUCUCAGCCGAAACCAACUGUCGGUAGUGCCUGGGUGUGUGUGCGCGCUGAGUGCCCUGCGGGUGUUGGACCUGUCCGGAAACCGCCUGGUCAGCCUUCCGGAAGAGGUGGGCCAGCUUCAGAACCUGAUGGAUCUCGACGCCUCUUACAACCAGUUGGCCCACCUCCCCCCAGCCCUAGGCGAACUAGAUAACCUCAGGAGGCUCAACCUUAGACGAAACCUCCUCCAGACACUCCCGCCAGAGCUAUGUUUUCUGCGAUUAGUGUUUUUGGAUCUUAGUGGCAAUCGAGUAACUACCCUACCUACAGAAUUACGCUUCAUGUCUUCUCUUGUGACCCUUGCACUUGACAAUAAUCCUCUUCAACAACCUCCAGCAAAUCUCUGUACCCGAGGGCGUGUCCACAUUUUUAAGUGGCUUGAGAUGACUGCAGCCAAAGAAGACAAGAAACGAGGGGUCCUUUCUGAAUCCGAAUUCCGUAAACUACGUAAGCCUUCAUCCUGUACAGAUUUCAGGUUUGUCAAUGGGUUAUUUGACCCUCGCCACAAACGUAGUACUAUGGAUAGUGGGUACAGUACAAGUGAAAAUGGUGACCAGAGAUGGUCGCAGGAGAGUCAAGAGAGCCUGGAAUAUGAAGAUCCUCGCAAGUUUGCUGUCAUGGUAGCAGCAUGUACUAAGGAACAAAGACAAGAGCGAGGCCGAAGUGGUGGUCCCUCGUCAUCUCGUCCAGUCAGUGGUCUUACAAAUGGUGGAACAAGUGCAGGGGUAAAUGUUGCACAGGGAGCAAAUGGUUCAGCUUAUGGCACGCCACACAAUUUAGAUAAUUCCACGAGUGGUUUGUCAACGCCUAGCACACUCAGUCCUGGUGAAGGGUUUGCUGGUAGUUUAGAAGAUGAAUUCAACAAGGCCAUGAAACUCAGACAAGACUACGAAAACGUUUAUAAUCACGAUAAUUCCCCAGUCAAAGAAUCCCAAAGCGUCAGUGGUGCUAUUUGGAAUGCUGGGAGUGGCAGCCACAGCAGCAGCAGCAGCAACAGCAGCAACCACAGCAACAGCAGCAAUGGGGGCAUCUCCCUCCGCCACCCUCCAGAGCCCCCUCAUCCCCCUAACCAUGAUCCUGGAGGGGGCUUUAUUCCCCCUAACCAUCCCUCUUCCUCCCAUAAUCCCCGAAUCCACGUUCCUACCUACAGAGAGUAUGUUGAAGCAAAGUUGCAAAGGCGAGCUUUAGAAAACAACAACAUUUAUAGACGUCAAGGUGAUGGAAGUGCUCCGGUAUCUGAAAAUGGUACCCAUAGUCACAGAUCUGUAGAAAAUUUAACGCAUCGAACUGAUGUACCUUCCUAUCCGAGGCCAAAUCCGAUGGGAGCAUCCAAACCUCCGUGUAAUGGGCUUGAUGGGUAUUCCCAGAGAUUACCAAGUCACCCAAGGCCUCAAGAUUUUAGUCGUGAUGAAAUAACGAGAGCAGAUGUCAAGAGCAUACAGAAGGAAGCUGUUUUAUCUUAUGUUAAGUCUCGUGUCAGUCCCAGCAAAGGAUCAGCACCGAAUUCCCCUGAAGUGAGCUUUGAUUCUGGUGAUGGUCCUUCGUAUCCCUCAACUGUCCAUCCUAACUCAUCCCUCCCAACUUCAUUACAACAGACUGCUGUGCCACAUACAAAUUAUUCAUCUAGUCUAUAUAACAGCCAAACUUUAAACUACCCUGUAAAUGUAUCUCAGUUAGUUACCACAUCUUAUCCCAUGAAUGGUAGCGGUACUCAUCCCUACACCAACUCCUCACACCAAACCUCUCACCUCGGGCCUGGGACACAUGGCUCGACAAUAGGCCAUCAAACAAAUACGUCUGCUAAUAAUACAAACACUUAUAACUCUAGAAGUAGUGGUAAUUCUUUGCCUAAGACACCCAGUGCUGUGAAGGCUCGGAAUAGAAGUGGAGGAGGACGUCCUUUUGAUCCAGACUCUUCCCCUGCCCAUAUGAGUUUUACGUAUAGAAGAGAAUUAGAAAAACAGCAACAUGAAAAGCAGUUGAUAGAUAAUUUAAGAAAUAUAAUUGAGACAAGGCUUAAAGUAUCGUUGCCAGCUGAUUUACCAGCAGCUCUGAUGGAUGGAGUUGUUCUUUGUCACCUGGCAAAUCAUGUGCGACCAAGAUCUGUCUCAUCAAUACAUGUUCCAUCCCCUGCUGUGCCAAAGUUGACAAUUGCCAAGUGCAGAUUAAACGUAGAGAAUUUCUUGGAGGCUUGUCGAAAGAUUGGUGUUGAGGAGGCGUGCGUGUGUGCAUGCGAAGAUAUUGUAACCCAAUUUGACCCUGAGCGUGUGCUAACAACUGUUCGCUCCCUUGUCAACCCCUCUGAGUCCCUGUCAUUAUACAAGUCCAAUGGGAUGGUUCUGGAUCAUCAUCCUGAGCCUCUUGACCCUUCGGUGGCCAUCUUAGAGGAACCUCAGACCUCUCUGUGGGACACCAAGACAACAGUGCAUUCACAGCCCUUCCAGCAAGCAGACCAUCGUUUAUUAUCUAAUGCGCUGCUGUGUAUUUUCCUAUCCACUCUUGUGUUACUGUAUUGGUACCCACCCCCUGAUGAAUAGAUCUUAGUUUUUAUAAGUGUGUAUGAUUUCUUAGGAGACAGACCAAGCAAAGAAAGGAAAAUAAACAGGACAAGUGAAAUAUUUUCUCUUUGAAUAAAGCUUUGGCUUUGCUUCAUUUCAGCUGCUAAUAUGCGGAUAAUGAAUAACUUGUCUAAUAAUACAUUAUUUCUUAUCUAACUUAAAGAUUAAAUUUCCAACAUUUUUCUCACCUGAAUAUGUAUUGUUCAUAACUUGCAUGUACUUAUAGCAUCUAUAGUAAAAGGGAUUUUAAUCUGGAAUAGCAAAAGUUAACAGCCCUGGAUCUGGUAAAUACAUGCAUUAUUUAUUUUUAGUGUUAUUCAACACACUCCAUUUGUUGUGGCUGUUUUUGUCUUCCAUAUUGUACUUCACAACCACUUAUCUAAAGCUCUGUCAGAAUACUGUACUUAAUACUUGAUUUUGUUUUGAACACUGAUAAAUCUUGUGCAUGUUAACCAUAUAAAUAAUUUGUGAUAAGUGUUAUGUAUUAGUAGUUUCUCCUUUUUCUUAUGCACAACCCUCAUAGUUACACAUUUGCAGUAAUAUAUUCCAACUCUAAUUUCUGUUUGGUGUUAAAGAUUGGAAAAUUGUCAUAAUAAGCUGCUGGUAACUGCAUUUAGUACUGUAGAAAUGGUAUAUUAGAACAGUACGUACUUCAUUGCAUGUUCAAAGUAUUGCAUGUUAAAUUUAUCACAUGUGAUUCUAAAGCCUUGCCUAGAACUUAUUUGGUUAGGAAAUUGUUGUUAUAUAUUGUAGUAUGCUGGAAACCAUACAAGAGAAGUAUCUUUUUACUAGCAUUUACAUAUUUUUUUAUUAUUUGGGAUGUAGUGGUACAUAUAUUAUUACUUUACUUAUAUGUGGGAUGUAGUGGUACAUAUAUUAUUACUUUACUUAUAUGUUCACUGUCAGAAAAAAAUGCUAUAUGAAUAAUAAAUUCAAGACAAAAGUUUCUCUCUCUCUCUCUCUCUCUCUCUCUCUCUCUCUCUCUCUCUCUCUCUCUCUCUCUCUCUCUCUCUCUCUCUUCCAUGUACUGUAAUUCUAUUCUUGCGUAAAUUUAAAAUGUGGUACCAUACCAUAGUGAUACAGUACUGCAUUAUUUUUGUUACCUAAAUUCAAUACAAAUUGUAAAAAAGAAAUUGGUAGCUCUAGAAGGCUACCUUGGAUUAUGAUGACGUAUAACGCAGCACCUUACCAUUUACCAACGUCAAAACUUGGAGCAAUAUGCUAUGCUAAAUGAUAAAGUAGCAUAGGACAUAAUUAUAUUAGUUUCAUCAGUUCACAAGUUUCAGAUAAAAAAAAUGGUAAUUACGGUGUACUUUACAAUACAUAGGAAUAUCUUAGAUGCCAUGCCAUAUUUAGUAUUGAGUUCUCCAUGAGAAGGUUAUUGGCAUUAGAAGUUCAGUGUUUCAUCACACCUUCAGGCUCCACAAUAAUCAUCUUGGACUCAAAUAUUUUUUCUUUAUUCCUUUGCUAAGUUUAAUGCAUAACAUGGGGUCGAGAAAGUAAUCCCUUUUAGGUGUCGUUAACAUAACUAAGAUUAUAUUAAAUCCAGUAGAAUAAGCAGUCGUAAACUCACUACAGAUAUGUGACUUAUCCAGGGAAAUUUUUCCAAGAAAAUUGCCAUUAUUUGUCUGGAUUAUUACAGGCAGUUCCUGGUUAUCGGGGGAGGGGGGGUUCCAUCCCAGGGGCCUUGCUGAUAAGCGAAAACCGCCAGAAACCGAAACUCGGUGAUUUAUGACACCAUUAUGGCACCUCUGUUAGGUAUGAUAUGCCCUUUGUGGCACUAUAAGGCACCUUAUUGGGCUCAUAACCGGAACUUGGCACGUUAUGUUGCUGUAAAUCGCUGAGUCUGCCUAUAACCGGAGACUGCCUGUACAGUGGUCCUCCCGUAUUCGCAGGGGAUGUGUACCAGACCUCCCUAUGAAUAGUUAGAACCCGCGAAUAGUUGGAACCCCUAUAAAAAUGCUUAAAGUGGCCUAUUUUGUUAUUUAAUACCCAAGAAAAAUUCUCUACAAAUUUUUAUAACUGGUUUUUUUUAAUAGUUUAUCACUAAAAGUGCAUUUUAUGAUGAAAUUGAUAAAAAACAAUAUGUGGAUAUUUCUCAUAGAAAAAUACUGCGAAUUGGCGAAUUUCCCCCGAAUAAUGGGAGAUAUGUUCCUGAGAGAAAUCUGUGAAUGCGAGAGUCCAUGAAUAUGGGGGCCCACUGUGUUUUAUUAUCAGAUAGUAUAUUUCUUUUGAGUUCAGAGAAGCAUCAAUCAAAAAUGUAAUAAAAAUAAUCAGUGUUGUGCUUCAAAACGAUAUCAGGGAGGUGUGCUGCUUCUGUUAAUAUUUUCGUUGAGAUUAAAUUCCAAUACGUAUAUAGUACUUUUAAAAUAAAUGCAACAUUUCACAUUACAACAUCCAUAGAAAUACGAUAACCAGAGUUAUGCGGAAUGGUUUCAGAAGUAGUUAUGAGUUACCUUUAGCAUUUGUUGAUUUGAUGUUCAUUUAUGUUAAAAAUCAAACACUAAUCUGGUAAAUUAAAGCAUGGCAAGUAUAUUUUCUGUAGCUAACUGACAGACUGAUUAAUCUGGUUGGUUUGUCAUGUUUGUCUGUUCUUAACAUCAUCUCAUUUUAUGUAUAAUUGAAAGCAACAAAUGAUACAUUGAAACAUUUGGUUUUGUGGACUUUUUUUUAUCUUUGCCAUAUUCCAAGAGCUUUUUUAGUAUUCAAAGCUAUGGCUUCUUUGGGACUUAGAUAUUCCUUUCUUUGAAUAUGGAAUUAACUGGAAAAGAAGAUAUUUUACAAAUCAGUCUAUACUAAUAAUAAGUGGGAAAAGUGUUUUAUGUAGCAGCCUCCCUGUAGUUAAAGUUGUAAUGACUAGAUACAAUUUCUCAUAGUGUUUGCUGCUACUGUAUAGGACCAUAGGUAUUUGUGUGGUAGACAGUAAUACAUACAGUCAAGGUGAAAUAAUUAUAGAUAUAUAGUCUUGGUACUUAAACUAUAAGAGUACGUAUCUUAAUAACUAAUAAAUUCCCAAAUUUUUGUACAGUUUGUGUAUUGUGAGGACUAAAAUGUUAUAUUUGAAGGAAUUAAUUAUUCAUAUUUGAAAUUUAUGUUUAAAUUACACAGAUAACAGUUACUGAAGUUCAAUAAAUUAGGAACUUGUAUACCAAAAUAUGGCUGUUAUCAUGAUUAUUUCUGGUGAUAAAGUUCACUCUCGACAUGUUCAAGAAGUCAAGUAAAGCCGUUGGUCCUGUUG